GACGAAGAAAUUCGCCAACAAGUCGAAAAACAGACGCGGGACAUGGUGAGGUUUCUGCAAGGGAAGGGCUUCAAUGUCACCGAUGGGAGCAAAGAAAAACCACCGGAAACGGAAGCGGACCAGGAAGCGGCAGCAUUGGCGAAGAAGGCUGCCGCUGCUCGAAACGUUUCAAACAUCCAGAAAAGGCAGCAAGAACUGGAGAAAAAAAUGGCAGAAGAGAGGGAGAGGCUCUACGCUGAUUCAAACGCGCAGCGGCUCGCGAAUCCGGGGCUUCAUGUUAAAACGUCCAUCAAUCGGCCGGCGGACCCAGAGGAAGCGGAG